ACUUUCACUCGAGUUAGACUCGACCUUGCAGUGAACAUGAACUAUUCGAAGAGACAUAAGAAGGUUACACAGACCGAUGAAGCAGAUAGUAACGCAUAUUCUCAUCGGAAAAAGUUGCCCCAUAACAUUCCUGUGGUUAAAAGACAAUUUCGAUUAUUGCUGGCUUCGAUUUAGAGUAAAGAUGGAGGACGGAGGAAGAACAGCUUCAGACGUCCAGAAAGACGAAAUGCUUUUAAAAAUGCAGGAAAGACUGAAAGCACCCCUGGAAUGGCCUUCGAUAGACUCCUGUAAGAUCCUGGACGUGCAACCCCAACACUUCGACGAAGUAUUGCGUCUGAUAAAGGUGAAUGAAAAAACAAUAAGAAAUGUGCACGGGAAGAAUGAACAUUUACAAUGUGAUUUAGAAAGUCGCCCCAUUACAUGCUGUACAGUAUCGUACAUAUGUAUGAAUUUCCUUAUUCAAUUGCAGCGACACUAUUUCAAGGACGAUCCUAUGUGUGCGUCGGCAGGACUUGUAAAAGAUCCGCUGUCUGUGGAAUGUUACUUGGAUUACAUUCGCGUGUGGAUGAAGGAUACGACAAGUCUCGUUGCUUUAAGCUCCAAAUCUGAACGAGUCGUGGGUGUUGUAGUUGCUAGACCCAAUAUUGAAGUAGAUCGGAGCAUAACUUAUUCAAGAAUGCAGAUUCAUGAAGGUGAAGUACUGGAGAAAAUAAUGGAUUUCAAGAAUACAUUGGUUAAACAAGCAGAUGUUCAUAAUUACUUCAACUGUCGUGAGAUAUUCCGUCUUUACAUUCUCUGCGUUCAUCCGAGUUAUCGGUCAAAGGGUUUAGGGACAGCUCUCCUUGAGGCUUUCAUUUUGAUGGCAAUUGCUUUACAAAUGCCUGCCAUCGUGGCUCUACUCACUUCUGGUGUUACUCAGGAAUUAGCCAUGAGAUUGGGCUUCAAAGUAUUGAAUGAAAUUCAGUACAGCCGGUGGAUCCUCAACGACAAGGCGGUAUUUAUCAACCCGGGUGUAGGGAAUUAUUCAGCUGCAUUGUUUGGAAUGCUGACCCCUUCAAUGGAAUAUUUAGAAAAUAUCUGGAGGGAAAGGAGAAUUUUGAAGAGGGAAGAAGAACGUCGUAGGAACAAACGAAAGCAUCGUUAGAACUUGCUGAUAUUGCCAUCCUUAUCCGCCUGUUAAAAUGCCAUAUACCUAGGGGCAGAAUGGACAUCCGGGGCAAACUGGACAUUACGACGAUUGAGAGGCUUUUCACAAAUAUCUCCGGAGCUAGGAGACAUCGGACAAUUCUUAUAAGAACAUCUGUUGUAGAGCAAAAUGAGACUUAGAAAAAAAGGAUGUAUGAAAAUUUCGAUGUCUUCCAUCACUUGAGAGAUAUCGAAUAAAAACUGAUUUAAAACAUCA